GAUCUCGCUCUUACUAAACUCGAUAAUCUUAGUGAAAAUAGUUUGAAUAUGAAAAUCUAAGUAUGUUACGAUCAAUAAGUCACACCAGUUAAUAAGUGAUUUAGCAUUUUUACACCAAGAUGGAGAAAGAUUACAAGUUUGCAGCUUGCACGUAUUUCGCAAAGAAUCACCCGGGCGAGACCUGCGGUAGCAAUGGCUUGCCGUUGACUCCCAGCUCUAUAACUAUACUUGGCUGGGCUCAGCGCCUGCUCACUAUAGAGCAUCCUAAUUUGUGCACGUACCUUGAUGUUAUACGAGGGAAACAUGAGAGAAUCAUAGUGGUAGCAGAAGUAAUAGGCAAGUCCCUUAGUGAAUACACCUCAAAAUUUACCCACAACGAAAUAAAGAACAUUGCAUACCAAGUGGCCACUGCUCUCACAUACUUACAUGAGCAGGAUAUAAUGCAUCGGACAUUGUCCGAUGAUAAUAUCUUAGUGGACCACGAGGGGAGGGUUAAACUGUUUAACUAUGGCAUGUAUUAUAUGACUGGAAGGGGGGAGGAAGUAUUAUUCCCACUUGGUGUCCCAAGAUAUCUGAGCCCAGAAACAAUUCUAGACGGUGGUGGUCCAGCCGCAGACCUCUGGACCUUCGGUAUCAUACUUCUAGAGCUAUGUCUGGGCAAGCUAUGGACGAACCUGAAGCCCGGACCGAUUUUGAGGAGAAUACUUACCUUAGUUCAUGCUGGGAGCCCGGCUGAGAGGAUCGCUAGAGAAAAUGACUUAUAUGAUGCUUAUAAGCAAAUACCAGAAGACCUCCGAAACAUUAUCGAAAAAUGCCUAAAAAUCCUCCCAAGCGAACGCGCCACUUUUCCCGAAAUCGUCAAUGAUCUCUCUCAUAUGGACGUGCGGUUGCCCGUUGAGAGCAAACCGCCCCGCGGCCUGAUGGGCUGCAAGCUGCAGUUCCUGUACCAUUGGUGGCAGUUAGCCGGGGGCGAUGUGCAGGCCAAGCUGAAGAAGCAUGGCUUGAUUAAGAACAGUCCGCCUAUACUGUCUAUGCCUUCAGCCAUCCUCCUAGACGGUUGUACGGUAGGCGGCAAAGUCGGCGCCCUCUUCGACCGCCGUAUAGCGAAAUACAGCCUAGAAUUACUCAAGACUAGGCUCUCUCACAUUCCCAUACAUGACUAUUACCCUCUGAUGCAUGAGAGAAGGAAGGAGUUCGAUGCCGUGUCAUUACCGAGGAUUAUACGGGAAAGGGAUACGGAGUACCAGUUUUAUAGACUGCUGUGGUUCCAGAGGCUGAUGCAUGGCUACCCCUACACAACAUCAUACAUCCGGGCAGAAGCGGAAGUGGACAUCCCUCCUCUGAUCCGGGGACACGUCUGGGCAGCCUUGUUAGGCGUCGUAGGGGAUAUAGAGGACCGUUACGAGAGAAUUGAUAAAGAGACCCCCACGCCUACUGAUAGACAGAUAGACGUCGACAUCCCACGUUGCCACCAGUACUGCUGGCUGCUAUGCGGUGCUGCCGGUCACAGAGGCCUAAAGAGACUGCUAAAAGCAUGGUUAUUGACUAACCCACAAUAUGUUUACUGGCAAGGACUGGACUCCUUAACCGCUCCGUUCCUUUACCUCAACUUUUAUAAUGAAGCCCGUGCCUUCGCUUGUUUAUCAGCGUUUGUCCCACGUUUUCUACAUAAGUUCUUCCUAAAGGACAACAGCGCCGUAAUAAAGGAGUACCUAGCCAAAUUCUGGCAGAUGGUAGCUUUCCACGAACCGGAGUUGGUCACUCAUCUCUUCGAGAUCGGCUUUGAGCCGAACCUGUUCGCUAUACCGUGGUUCCUCACUAUGUUCUCACAUGUGUUCCCCCUCCACAAGAUCCUUCACCUCUGGGACGCAUUUCUGGUAGAAGGCCCCUUGUUGCCCAUCUUCAUGGGAGUGGGUAUACUCCGGCAGUUGCGAGACACGCUGCUCGAGUCCGGAUUCAACGAGUGUAUACUGCUUUUCUCCGAUCUACCGGAGAUCGAUAUUGGCGAGUGUGUUAAGGAAUCCAUCGAGAUGUGCCGCAGCUCACCGAGAAGUGUAACAUACAGACGGUUCACAAAUGACGCUGAAGUAAAAGACCCCAUGGAUGCGGUAGAAAUACCAAUGGAUGUUCUGUGCACGGAAUGUUGUCCGCGAAUCAGCCUGUCUGACUUCUUCUCCCUCAUAUGUCAAGAUAAGUCCUGCGUGAUCGACAUUAGGUCUAAUUUACUGUACGAGAAAAGCUGCAUAGAAGGCAGCAUCAACAUCCCAUACAGCGGCGUUCACCUAGGACAACAUGAGUUACAGUCGCUUGGGCCAAACAACCACAAAAUUUUAACUGAGGCGAUUAAGUUGAAGAAAACCGUCGUUGUGGCAUCGGCAGAAGAUGAGACUGCUCAGUUGUUCAGCUCGUACCUCGUGAAGUGUCACGUGCCCCGGGUGUGCGUGCUGCACGGCGGUACACACUCGCUACACACACACGUGCCCUCCCUCUUCACCGUGCCUAGGAACGACAGGAAAUAGACCAUAAUUCUUUACAGUUCGGCUUAUACCUUGUGAAGUGUCACGUGCAAUACACACAUGUGUUGCACGGCGGUACACACGCAUUGCAUACACAUACCAUCCCUCUUCACCGUGCCUAGGAACGACAGGAAAUAGACCAUAAUUCUCCACAGUUCGGCUUAUACCUUGUGAAGUGUCACGUGCAACACACACAUGUGUUGCACGGCGGUACACACGCAUUGCAUACACAUACCAUCCCUCUUCACCGUGCCUAGGAACGACAGGAAAUAUACCAUAAUUCUCCACAGUUCAGCUUAUAUACCUUGUGAAGUGUCACGUGCAAGUGGGUAUGCUGCACGGCGGUACACACGCAUUACACACACGUACCAUCUCUCUUCACUGUGUCUAGAAACGACCGAAAAUAGAACUCAUUUGUCCACAGUUCGACUCUUCUCCACGUCUCAAUUUUUGUGAGCCAGGACACGACAAGAGUGAUAGGGACUUUAAUUUUUUUUUAAUUGUGGUAAUUAGUAACGGACUUGUCUCCUGGGUAACGGAUAACGCAUGAACAAUGAACAUGUUAAACGAAUAUUAAAAAAAAUGGUUAGCACUUUGCUGUGCUGUGAUUAUAAAAACAUGGUUUCUUGAAGCAUUUUUAUUUUUAAAUUAUUUUAUAUACAGAUAUAUAUAUAUAAGUUAACAUGUUUAUACACGAGAUUAUUAAGUAAGAUGUUACUAUUUUAAAAUAAAAAUAAAAAUCAGUAUACAAAUAUAAUUUGAAAUGUUUUUUUUUCUGUUGUCAUUCCUUUUGUGUAUAAUCUAAAUAAGUUAGUAGAU